AAUCUAAUGGGUUGGAUCCAAAGAUUCCCUUCUUCCAAUGGAGGAAGCUUUCCUCUGACAAAGGAAGAGAAUGAAGAAUUACCCUACGGCUGGGAGAAAAUUGACGAUCCCAUCUAUGGCACUUAUUAUGUGGACCACAUAAAUAGGAGGACCCAAUUUGAAAAUCCUGUUUUGGAAGCCAAAAGGAAGUUACAACACCGUACCAUGCCCAACGCCGAACUUGGAAUCAAGCCUUUGCCAGUUCAAAGUUUCCGAGACAACGCCUCCUCAACCUUACCUAGGCCCAAACAUGUUCACCCGCGCCUUGCUCCUCAGAGGUCUCGCAGUGUGAGCGACCUGUCUCAAUAUCGGCGGGACAUUGCUGGAAUGUACAGACUGUAUGAAAAACCCCUCUUCACCCGGGACGCUUCCCAGCUGAAAGGUACCUUCCUCAGCACAACCCUCAAGAAAAGCAAUAUGGGCUUCGGAUUUACCAUCAUCGGUGGGGACGAGCCCGACGAAUUUCUCCAGGUGAAGAGCGUCAUUCCGGAUGGGCCGGCGGCACAAGACAGCAAGAUGGAAACAGGUGAUGUUAUUGUCUACAUUAACGAAGUCUGCGUCCUCGGACAUACUCACGCGGAUGUUGUCAAACUCUUCCAGUCUGUUCCCAUUGGUCAGAGCGUCAACCUGGUGCUAUGUCGUGGAUAUCCUCUGCCCUUUGACCCCGAAGAUCCUGCCAAUAGUGUAGUGCCACCACUCACCAUGAUGGAGAGGCCUCCGGUCAUCGUCAACGGAAGACAUAACUAUGAAACGUAUUUGGAAUACAUUUCUAGAACUUCCCAGUCCGUUCCGGAUAUCACGGAUCGCCCGCCACAUUCCUUGCACUCCAUUCCAGCAGAGAGUCAGCUUGAUGGCACAUUCCCACCACCCAUCCAUGACGACAACGUCUCCAUGGCCUCAUCGGGGGCCACUCAAGCGGAACUCAUGACCUUAACCAUUGUGAAAGGGGCCCAGGGCUUCGGCUUCACUAUAGCGGACAGUCCCACAGGACAGAGGGUGAAGCAGAUUUUAGAUGUUCAGGGGUGCCCCGGUUUAUGUGAAGGUGACCUCAUUGUCGAGAUCAACCAGCAGAAUGUACAGAAUAUGAGCCAUGUUGAAGUAGUGGAUAUACUCAAAGAAUGUCCAGUUGGAAGUGAGACGUCUCUGUUUAUCCAUAGAGGAGGAUUCUUUUCACCAUGGAAAACUCCAAAGCCUAUGAUGGAAAAAUGGGAGACUCAAGGGAGUCCACAGACAAGCUUAUCUGCUCCAGCUGGGCCACAGAAUAUUCCCUUCCCACCAGCCCUUCACAGAAGCUCUUUUCCCGAUUCAACAGAGGCCUUUGACCCGAGAAAGCCUGACCCAUACGAGCUGUAUGAGAAGUCACGAGCUAUUUAUGAAAGUAGGCAACAAGCACCUCCCAGGACAGGAGUUCGAAUGGAUACCUCGGGUUCCGAUUACAAGGAGUUAGAUGUUCAUCUUCGGAGAAUGGAAUCCGGAUUUGGCUUCAGAAUUCUUGGAGGAGAUGAACCGGGACAGCCGAUUCUGAUCGGGGCCGUCAUUGCGAUGGGCUCGGCUGACCGAGAUGGCCGCUUGCAUCCUGGCGAUGAAUUGGUUUACGUGGACAGCAUCCCUGUGGCGGGCAAAACUCACCGCUACGUGAUUGAUCUCAUGCAUAACGCAGCUCGGAACGGGCAGGUGAACCUCACGGUGAGAAGAAAGCUGCCACCUACAGGAGAACCGUGUCCAGAGAACGGGCGAAGUCCAGGCUCUGUGUCUACCCACCACAGUUCCCCCAGAAGCGACUAUGCGACGUACGCCAACAGCAACCACGUCGGCUCCAGCAACAACGCAACGCCCCCCGAGAGCUUCCCUUCGCACAGCCUGCCAACCAGCGACGUCAUCAUCCAUCGGAAAGAAAACGAAGGGUUUGGAUUCGUUAUCAUUAGCUCCUUAAACAGGCCCGAAUCUGGGUCGACGAUGGCCGUACCCCAUAAAAUAGGGAGGAUAAUUGAAGGGAGCCCUGCCGAUCGCUGUGCGAAAUUAAAAGUCGGAGACCGGAUCUUAGCUGUGAAUGGCCAAUCCAUUAUUAACAUGCCUCACGCUGAUAUUGUGAAGCUCAUUAAAGAUGCUGGCCUUAGUGUAACUCUUCGCAUCAUUCCUCAGGAGGAGGUGAACAGCCCAGCUUCCGCACCCAGCUCCGAAAAACAGAGUCCCAUGGCCCAGCAACACAGCCCUGGGACUCAGCAGAGCCCUGUAGCACAACCAGCUCCUCCGCAACCUCUACAGACUCAAGGACAUGAAAACAGUUACAGGUCGGAAGUCAAAGCAAGGCAGGAUGUCAAACCCGACAUUCGACAACCUCCGUUUACAGAUUAUCGGCAGCCUCCGUUAGAUUACCGGCAUCCUCCUGUAUUAGAUUACCAGCAAUCCCCCCCUUUGGAUUACCGGCAGCCGCCUUUGAUAGAUUACCGGCAACAUUCUCCUGACACCAGGCAGUUCCCCUUAUCGGAUUACAGGCCACCUCAGGAUUUUGAUUAUUUUACUGUGGACUUGGAAAAAGGAGCCAAAGGGUUUGGAUUCAGCAUUCGUGGUGGGAGAGAAUACAAAAUGGACCUCUAUGUUUUGAGAUUGGCAGAGGACGGGCCAGCAAUAAGAAACGGACGGAUGAGGGUGGGAGAUCAAAUUAUCGAGAUCAACGGGGACACCACGAGGGACAUGACGCACACCAGAGCAAUAGAACUCAUCAAAUCCGGUGGCCGAAGAGUACGGUUGUUACUAAAACGUGGAACCGGACAGGUCCCAGAAUAUGACGAAUCAAACGCCUGGAGGGCCCCCGCUGCCACCUCCCCAGGUCUGUCGGAAGUAACUCUUUCCCCCGAUGACAUUGUCUUGCCAUUAUCUUCAUCGCAUCUAGCCCAAUCCUCUGACCCUUCCCGCCAGAUAAGCCCAGACUCAGCUUGGGAUAUCAAGAGGGAACAUCACGCCAACAAACCAAAGGAGUUUUCGGUCAACGGCCACCGGAAGAAAAGGUUAGGCGAACAGACGGAGAGGUCUGCAAGUCCUAAGAAGAUAGAUAGGUCAAAACACGAAGAGGUGUGGAGGAAAGCAAGCUCAGAAGGCAAGAGUAAGACUAUGGAGAGCAGAAGGUCAUUGCCGGAAACUAAGGCAGGAGGACUCAACCCAACGGCCGAGGAUGCUGUCAAAGGACAUGGAUGUGCUGGAACCAACGAGGAAUGGGUUGGGAGAUCCAAGAGGUUGGAAAGCAAACGAGGGGGAACCCUUGGAGCAAAGGAUCCUUAUGUCACGGUGGCUGCGGAGAAGAAGUCAACCGAACACGUCAAGUUGGAUUCCAUUGGUGCUACCAAGGCGUAUAGUAGCAAUAGCUGCAGCUCCCACGGAAGUGACAUGGAUCACAGCCAGAAGGAAUCCGAGAGGAAGCCCGGCGAAUUCCCGCGGAAGGGACACGCCCAUCCCAUCCCAACACACAACCCCAACCCCACCGCUCGGAAGGCAACGGUCUCGCCGGGGCCAUGGAAAAUUCCUGGCUCCGAUAAGUUACCCGGGAUCCUAAAAUCGACCACCUCUGCCAUGAGCAGAUAAGCCAUCCGUUGACUGUUGCCUUCUCGUGGUUCACAGUGACGCAGAAACAUCCUCCUUUAUUUCUGUCUCUCUCCCCUCAUUUUAAUUUAUUUUUAACUCAUCUGCUCGGAACGAUGGAAAAAAAAACAAACCUGAAAGCAGAAACGUGUAAUUCUGCGACAACAUUGCAUAAUACGCAUCUACGUCUUAAAUACGUUAACGGAAGAUAAGAGUCAUUCUUGUAUCUAAAACGUGACCUUCAAAUCCCCAGUUUCAUUUCAGAGAACUUUGGCAGCUACGGAAGAAACCAAAAUAAUAUGAAAGGACCAUUGGACCAUGCAGUGUAGCUUUACUUUGACAUUUUCCACUGCAUGAAGGUCUUGGGAUGUGUUUUUUUUUUUCCCCUUCAUUCAGACUUUAUAUCGAGAAACUGGAAGAAGUUAGAGCAAUCAUAAACUGGAACAUCGCCUUAAAUAAAACUGCACGGGGAAAGUUAAAAGUGGAAAUAGAAUAUUUUAUCUGAACUCAAAUGUUGUAAAUAAAUAGUUCUCGGCAUAUCUAGACAGGGGUUGACGCAUUGAAAUUGUAAAUCCAUGCUAUGUCUCUACUGUUAACACUUUGGGGGAAAAAAAACAAACAAAAAAAAGGAAACAAAUCUGUCCAAUUGUUAGUAUCAUAAUUCAUUAUGAGGCGCCCUAGUGAAUUCGCUAAAGCAGAAUCAUUUUUACGUCCAUUUUUGUGAAGCAACCAUAUUUGUGUACCCUGAGAAAUUAAGGGUGGAAUUACAUUCAGAAACCUAGCCUCAGAGUCCUCUCCCAGACAGGCCCACCUACAGAAUUGGACCUCCAAACAUCACCUCCAAACAUCACCUAACAAACAUCAGGGGUCCCCAACCUUCUCCCCCCCCUCCGUGGACCGGAAGCUUUCAGCUUCGGGUUUUCCCAGAUGUGCCAACAUGACAUCUCUAAUAAAUUGAAACUUUGAGGAACCUCAGAGCUUUAUUUCGUUGGGGGUGUUUGAUGUCAGGGUUCGUUGGAACCCUGACAUCGGGCCGCGGCAUGCUAGAAACCGGUCCACGCAAACAAGCAAAGCCCCAUUUGUGGGAUGCAGGCAACACACAAAACUAUGCCCCACCUGGUCCACGGAGGAAAAAAAAUCUCUCCACAGAACCGGUCCCUGGUGCCCAAAAAGUUGGCGGGCCACUGACCGAGGUAUAAGAGGGAUCCUAAACUACAAUUGUCGGAUGACCAUGAUGCGAGAAUGAGUCUUGAAAAAUGAAAAACAGAUAUAUAUAUAUAUUUUUUUCUAUCCGAACAGCCUUGGUCUCCUGCAAGAACUCCAUCACUGUCUAAAUACUAAUUCAACUUCUUUUUAAAUAGGCCCCGCCUUUGAAUUUUACUCCCCGCCGCACUUUAGAAAGUCUAAAAUAGAUGUCCGCGAAAGUCCUAUUUUUUAUGAUAGAAACCCCUCGAGGCAACACCGUGUUUCCUUCCUUCCAUAUCCCGCGUCUUUUUUUCCACGUCUCCAGUGCCAUAAUGACGUUUCAUUUGCACACCCGAUGAAGUGUUGGCUUGUUCCCUGAGCUCCGCGAAUCAACCCUCCUAAUUUCUGAAAGUUUUGCUAUUUUUAUUUUCCUUCAAGCAAUAGCAAUAGAAACAAAAACAGCAGCACUCGGUAAUAACUUUUGUUUUUUUCCCCAGACAAAAGGGUUCUCGAACCUUGUUCGGUGAGAAGAAUCCCGUUACUUUAAGAUCAGGAGAAAUUUUGAUUUGAUCAGGGGCAUAAACAAGAGAUUGUUGACUAAGACUCACUUGUCAAAAACCCCGUAUUUCUAGUUCCACUCAAUCUACGGUCAAUUAAUCCACAUUUUCAUUUGUUUUCUUUGGGAGCUUAUAAAACUAAAUUAAAUCGAAGAGAAGGAAAAGGAUUUUGCACCUUGGGGGAAAAAAAAUAAUCAAAAAAUGCAUAUUUAAGAACCUGUCCCGUUCUAGUUUUUUAAGAAAGCACAAAGAUAUGUAGCUGUUUACAAAAUAGAAUAUCUAUCUGUCUAUAUAUAUUAAUUAAAGAAAUAGAGAGAGAUAUAUCUUUAUUCCCAGUCUAGAUAUUUGGCAUAAUUUGCUGUUUAAUUUAUUAAACCUGAAAUGUAGACAGGACUUCUCUAGCAAAGAAGGGAGAAACUGAGAAUCUUGUUCGACUUCAGUUUGCAUCCUGCCCAUCCCUCUUCUUAAUGUGGAGCACACGGCUUUAUGUGACUGUAAUUGAUAACCUGUGAAGGCAUCAUUUAAACCCCCAUUCCAGAUAAUAUUUCUGUGUAGUGUUAGCUGUGAAUUUACCUUGUACAGCUCUAUUGCUAUAAAUAUAAUUCCAUGUAUUAAUAGUCACAGAAAAGCUGUAAGUGAGCAACUAUUUUUAUGAAACACCACUAUGGAUAAAUUAACUUUUACAGAAAUCUUGUUUACUGUAUGAUAUUCUAAACCACUCAAAUAAAAUAUAUAUCCAAGAAUCUUUUUUUCCCAA